CGGCCAAUGGGCGCGGCCCGGGGGCGGGACGCCUCACGCUCACCGAGGCAACGGGCGGGCGAGCGGGCGGUCCCGGAUGGCGGCGGUGCAGGGAUGAUUUCUCUCCAGAGUUUAUUUUUGAAUGGAAGUGUGCUCCUUCCCAGUAGAAGAUGGUGAUCCUAAUGUAUGACCAUGGAGAAGGGGAUAAGUUCAGUAGAAGUGUUACCUUCCAAAUCAUCUCAGGUUACAGCUGUAAAAGUGGUGGUCAAAGAGCCCGAAACAAAGCAAACCCAAAGAGGGAAACGAGUGGGAUUUGUGCUUGUCCAUGCAGGUGCAGGUUAUCAUUCUGAAUCCAAAGCUAAAGAGUACAAGCAUGUGUGCAAAAGAGCCUGCCAGAAGGCAAUUGAAAAGCUCCAGGCUGGUGCUCUUGCAACAGAUGCAGUGACUGCAGCACUUAUUGAAUUAGAGGAUUCUCCUUUUACAAAUGCAGGACUGGGAUCUAACCUAAACCUUCUGGGUGAGAUAGAAUGUGAUGCCAGUAUAAUGGAUGGAAAGUCAUUGAAUUUUGGAGCUGUUGGAGCACUGAGUGGGAUCAAGAAUCCAGUUUCGGUUGCAAAUAGAUUGUUGUGUGAAGGGCAGAAGGGGAAACUCUCUGCUGGCAGAAUUCCACCUUGCUUUUUAGUUGGUGAAGGAGCUUACAGAUGGGCAGUUGAUCACGGGAUACCAGCAUGUCCUCCAGGUAUCAUGGCUACAAGGUUUAGUUUAGCAGCUUUUAAGAGGAACAAGAGGAAGCUGGAGUUGGCCGAAAAGGUGGAAACAGAUCUCAUUCAACUAAAGAAAAGAAGACAAUCAAAUGAAAAGGAGAAUGACUCAGGAACCUUGGAUACAGUUGGUGCAGUUGUUGUUGACCAAGAAGGAAAUGUGGCUGCUGCUGUCUCCAGUGGAGGUUUAGCACUGAAGCACCCUGGAAGAGUUGGUCAGGCAGCUCUUUAUGGUUGUGGCUGCUGGGCUGAAAAUACAGGAGCUCAUAACCCUUAUUCCACUGCUGUGAGUACUUCAGGUUGUGGAGAGCACCUUGUCCGGACCAUACUGGCCAGAGAAUGUUCGUGUGCUUUGCAGACAGAGGAUGCCCACCAAGCUCUCCUAGAGACUAUGCAAAACAAAUUUAUUGGUUCACCUUUCCUAGCCAAUGAAGAUGGUGUUCUCGGAGGUGUGAUUGUUCUCCGCUCCUGCAGGUGUUCAGCAGAGCAAGAAUCCUCACAGGAAAAGCCAACUUUACUAGUGGAAUUUCUGUGGAGCCAUACAACAGAGAGCAUGUGUGUUGGAUACAUGUCUGCACAGGAUGGCAAAGCUAAGACUCACAUUUCAAGACUUCCUCCUGGAGCUGUGGCGGGACAGUCCGUGGCAAUAGAAGGAGGAGUUUGCAGGCUGGAGAGCCCAGAAAGCAGCUGAUUCUUCACUUCAUUGCAGAGAAUGUGAAUGACUCUUUGUACAAUAAGUUUGGGUUUUUUUGUGUUUUAACAGAUGUUGGAAAUUCUGCUUUUGUUUUAUACUUCGUAUUGCAACCAUGUGCACCACAACUUGAGACAAGUGCUGCUGUAGUUUAUGUUCUCACUCUGUGAAUGGGGGUUGUGUGCAUGUUCAUUUUGUCCCACAAAUAAAAUAGGAACACUCCCCAGUUGUGCAAAGAUCAUGUAUAAUUAAUGAUUGCAUUUUCGUUUUUCUGUGUUGAAAGAUAACCAAAAGUUAAGAAAAAAUAAUUUAAAUAUACGGUCACAAUUGUCAUUCAUAUUCUAAAUUUAAAAAUAACAGGCCUUUGAAGUGGCUUUGUAAUUAUGCAAAAAAUUAUUAUGGUUUCUAAGUUUCUUAGUGGUUUAAAGAAAUCCAGAGGUGAUUUAAACAUGAGUUGUUUUUUCCUCUCCAGUAAGGAGGAUUUUUUUGUUGUUCAAAGAAUGGUUUCAGUGAAACAAACUAGAGCAAAAUUAAGGCUCAAAUUCUCAAAUUGUUUUUGAAUAGUCUUAUAGGUCAUAUCUGUGUUCCCAAACAAAGAUGUUAAUAGCUCCAAGCUGUAUGUAUUGCAAAAAGCUAUAUGAAGAUAAUGUAUCGUUACGCAGUCUUUAUGUAUAAUGGAAUAUUACAGUGUAAAUAAGAAAACAAAGUUUAUGGAAAGAUUCGAUAUUAUUCUUCACUUCUGCUUUAAAUCUAUUUUUAAGAGAGGUACAGAAAUGAACAUAUUACUGGAUGGGAAGUGCAAUGUGUAUCAAGUGGCUGGUGGCAGGUCUGAUACUGAGCUUUCGUGUUGGUAAAGCAACUUCCUCAUGUCCAGCCGCAGCAUGGGUAUUUAUAUAACUGUGUGUAACAUGUAUGUACUGUGCAUAACUUUACUGUAACUCUUUUGAUACCUUGAACAAACCUGCAGUGUAAAACAAUGUAAUCCUUGUCUGCCUCGUGAAGCAUUGGCAGCUGAACUGUCAUUUGUCACCAGUUUGGCUAUGUGAGCCAGGUUGCCCAAGUCCUAAAGGCGAGUUCCGACGUAAAACCUUCCACUCAGUCCUUUUUCCUUUCACAGCACUGGCAGCAAUAGAAGACUUUUGUAAUUGAUUCAUUGUCCUGAUAAGUAUGCCAAAGAGAAACUAAAAUAGUUCAUCCUUUUCCCUGGUGGAUAUUUGAUAAUUCUGUUUUCAGAAAUAGUGGAUGAAUAGAUAUUCAGACUGUAUUCGCUUAAUCAGGCAUUGUACUUGCCUGUUUUGUAAUAUUGUGCCUGCCUAUAACAGACAUACUUGACUGAUGAAAUGGUUAUAUUGAUUGUAGUACCAAUCUUUCAUGGAAAAGAAUAAAAAUUUUUUAAUGGCCUGA